GUGGCGCGAGCAGGCGGGCGGAAGUCGCUGCGCGUGGGACGAUGCUGGGCCGGGCUGCGGCGCUGCGCAGGGGGUUGCAGGUGGCGGCGGGCGGGACGCGUGGGCCGGACAGCGGCCGGGGCUCUGCGCAGCCCGCCAGGCUGGACCCCGCGCUGCUGGGGCUGCUCGUGUGCCCGCUGUCCAAGCGCCCGCUCCGGUAUGAAGAAUCCACCAACGAGCUGAUCAACGAGGAGCUGGGCAUUGCCUACCCGGUGGUGGACGGCAUCCCUAACAUGAUACCGCAGGUGGCGAGGAAGAUAGAGGCCGAGCCCCCUCACCCCACUGGCGAGGAGUCAAAGCAAAGCUAG